AUGUACCAAGAAUUAGGAGGCUACCGUAAAACACAUGCGCACAUACGAACACAUGAGAGCGUGGGAUGCUGUAGGAGCGUAGCAUUGGUGGAUUCCGCUUUUUCACUUGACAUCAAGCUUGAAAGGGUGGUGCUCGAUUGUGGGAAUAAUCCAUUUCUCUCCCCCCCAUUACGGAGGCACCAUAUCACACGAAAUGUUGGAGCAAAGGCGUGGUGGGAACACACUGUAAGUUAGCUCUUCUCGCCGGGCUUUAGGAGGAGAAUUCUUGAAGCGGCGCCUGUAGUUGAAGUUGAAGGCAAAGGAUGGGAUGUCAACUGUUAGCUCCACUCCAAACAGGGGUAGUGGUAUAUGCUUAUUUUUGUUCUGGGUAGCUGGCCCCUGUUAAGGUCUGUCCUAUACCAUGUCCGCCCAAAGUGUACCUUCGCAGUCUGCUCAAGGGAAGUGAAGGGAUCAUAGCAGCUCACUCGAGUUGUCCCCCUUCGUUUGGGUUUAUUUACCGGUGAGGGACCUGCUAUGCAGGGACUCAUGAUGCGGGUUUCGGUAUUUCUUUUCUAUGGGCUGGCAGAGGCUAGAGGACAUAAGAUGUUAGGACAUUUGGUGCACCUGUGUUCUGUUCCUGGUAUUCCCAGCUAUCACAGGUCGUCGCACUCCCCACUAGUACCUUCUAAGUUGGACCCAUGAUGGUUUUGAACUAUUAGGGACAUAAGUUAUCCCAAGGUUCCCGUUCUCUUGAGCACUUGCUCUCAUAUCUCCGAUUUGUCCGGAAGCCGUUGCUGUUGGGAUACGGUAUUGUUGCAGAGAAGCUUGAGCGGUAUCAUACUGGGAUGUGUCAAAGCGAUGUUCGAACAAACACCGAGCCAGCUGUCAAGCAUAGGCUGACCCCCUCAAUAGGGUUAUGAUACUCGGGUGCAAAGUAAGGACUCGCCAAUUUGCAAAGUAUAUGGAAAUGGGGGUGCCACAUGAAGGAAAAAAUUGGGAC